AUGUCUCACUUUCUUAUUUUACUUAUCGGCUUUAUUCUAUGUCCUGAUUAUUUGAAUAGUGUUCAGAUUGUUGGUCUUUUUCCUGAUCAUCAUGAUGCACCUUCUCAGUGUUUGAACGUGAAUCAAAAUUGCCAUUGGAUAACUCAAUCUAAGGACAUGUUUAACGUCGCUAUUACUCUUGCCAAUCGCUACGAGAUCUACGUUGAUGGUUAUCCUAUCAAUGGCUCUAUUCUUUUGACAAAUGCAAGUAGUGGUGGCUUUGACGAACUUGAGCUUGUCUGUCGAUUAAUUACUAAUACAACAGCACUCGAUGUUGUAGGUGUUGUCGGACCAACAAGUUCAAGUAGUGCGCGUUAUCUUGCUCCAUUUGCGGCACGUGUACAUUUACCACUUGUUUCAUAUACUGCAACUAAUGCGGAUCUUGACGAUAAGUUGAGUUAUCCAACAUUCUAUCGUACGAUUCCUUCGGAUAUUCUUGCGGCCGAAGCUAUUGCGAAAUUGUUCAAAUAUUUUUCAUGGAUAACUUGUUCAAUAAUUAUUGGAAAUGAUGAUUAUGGUUAUGGUGGAUUGAAAAUAUUAUCAGAAGUUUAUUAUGUGAAUAUAUCAAUUCAAGAGAGAUUAGUAUUUGAUCCACGUGUCGAUAAAUUUCAAGCUGAUUUAAAGCAAACAUUAGAAAAAAGUCGAUCUCGUAUUGUACUAGUCUGGGCAAAUGAUAGUUCAUCUACAAGAAUUAUUCAACAUGCACUUAAUGCAAGUCUUUUAGGCAAAAACUAUGUAUGGAUAACGACAAAUAAGAUUGAUUUAAAUACAUUCGAACAAAAUGAAUGGCUUUAUUUAAAUGGUAUUCUUACUGUAGUGCCUUUUAUAGGCAAUAGUAGUGCCUUUGGUAUUAACGAAACAUUACGAAAAGAGGCUUUUGAUAUUUGGCGCAAUUUAUCACAUAACAUAGACGAUCUUUCAGAAUUUGUAUCUUCUGUUAGUCUAGAGGCCAUGUAUACAUUCGAUGCUGUUUGGGCUUUAAUCCAAGCAUUAAAUAAAUCAGUGCUUAAUCACAAAUCACCAUCAAUGAAUAAAUCAUUGAUUUGUUUUGAUAAUUUAUUACAAAACCAUGACGAGUAUCUUUUGCAUCUAAAAGACACUCGUUUUUCCGGCGUGUCUGGAAGUAUUCAAUUUUCAAAAAUUAAUUCAAGUGAUCGUAUGCAUGGUGCCAUGUAUGGCCUCUACAAUGUACAAUCGACGAUGUCGAAAAAAGGUAAAGAAAAAAGACUAGACUAUAUAAAAGUACUGACAUGGUAUGAAACAAGUCGUAAUUGGACGAAUUCUACUGAUGAAAACAAUACUUUUAUCAUUUGGCCAAAUCACGACAAUACAAAAGUGCCUGCUGAUUAUCCACAACUUCGAGGUCAACAUUUGCGAAUUCUCGUCUUGGAAGCACCUCCAUUCGUUAUAGUACAGAAUUCUUCGACUUACGAUCAAUCUUCAAACUAUGCUAAAAACUUAGAACGAGUCAAUUUUCAUCAUAACUCUCUGAAAGUUAACGAUUCAAAAGUUCUUGUUUAUGGAUUUGUUGCUGAUUUCAUUCGUGAACUUCAAGCGCAAAUGCACUUUACUUAUACAGUUUAUGUAGCUGAUCCAUCAACAGCCUAUCAUUCGCUUGUUGCAUUACUAGCGGAAGAUAAUCAUCAAUAUGAUAUUAUUUUAUCUAAUAUUGCAAUGACUUCAGAUCGUAUGCUUAAAGUUGACUUUUCUACACCUUUUCAUGAAAAUACUUUUCGAAUCAUUACUCGACUAAAUCAGUAUUCAUCAUCAUUGAGUCUUUUCUCAUGUUUUAAUCCGUUUACUUGGGAUGUAUGGGCAGCAAUAUUUACAGUUAUGAUUUAUUCAAGUAUUAUUAUUUAUAUAUUUGAAUUUCAAAAUAGAAACAUUGAUAAUAGUCAAUCUAAACUAAAGACUACUUUGAUUGGUAUAGGUAAUGCAUUGACUAGUCUUUUAAUCAUGAGUAAUGAUAUACGUUUAACAACAACUUCAAGUCGAUUAACAGUUUUAGGUAUAUAUAUAUUAGGUAUUAUUCUUGGGGCAACAUAUACAGCUAAUCUUUCAUCUAUUCUUACGUUACAUCGUGGUCAACCAUUUAUUUCUGGUAUUGAUGAUAUUAAAAAUGGCUUAUUACCAUUUUCACGUAUUGGAAUUGUCACCAAUUCAGCCAUAUCCGAUUAUUAUAUACGAAAUAUUUCUACUGAAUACCAUUCUCUUGCUACAGUGGAAGAUAUAUACUUGCGAUUACUUGAUCAUGCAAUUGAUGCAUCCAUAUGGGAUUCAUCUAUACUUGAAUAUGCUGUUAACAAUUAUUAUUGCAAUGAAUUAACUGUAACCGGUGUUGGCUUUGUUAAAUCAUCAUUUGCAAUUGUGCUACCUAAAAAUUGGUUAUAUAAGACAGAUUUAGAUGUCAAUAUUGUGACAUUACGUGAAUCCGAAAAAUUAGAAUCAUUAGAAAAUGUGUGGAUGAAUGAUCGAACAUGUUCAUCAUCAUCUAGCAGUUUGAAACAAACGGAUGGUCCGAACAGUAAAACGUUUUCACUCAAUGUCUUAGGUGGAAUCUUUCUUACGUUUUUUAUAAUUACUGUGAUCGCUUUUGCUGUUCAUAUAUGGCACUGUCGAGUAGCUAUCAUCAGCACAUUGCAUCAGAUUAUACAACGAAUAAGACUAGUGAUAAUUUGA